GCAGCUUGUCGUCCGUGACGAAGACUGUAAACAAGAUGGAGAAUUAUUAAUUAAAAAGCAGAUGAAACACAAUCAGGCAGGCUUUAUUAUAAGAAUUUACGAAUGAUACUACACAAUGGGAGCAAUACUAUGAGUGAUUCCAGUCAUUUAAAAACAAGGGGCAAGAGUGAUAGCUACUCUACAGUGGACCAUGUCAGUAUUAGAGUGGGAGAAAAGGCAGAAAGAAGUCAUGACAUGAAUGGCAGAACUAUUCAAGAAUCUCACAGCUCCAGGCACUCAGCUGGGGACCAAUAUCAUUCAUACUACCAGGAUGUUGACCAAAUUAUUUCACAACACAUCUUGCGACAAAAAACUCAAGAAAUACACCUUGCGUUAUCUAGAAAAUCACUUGCGUCUUCUCCUGCUAGUAUUAACUUCAACUCCAAUUUACAAGUAUAUGGAAGUCUUACUGAAGGAAGAAUUAAAAAUAUCAUGUUGGUUCCUGAUCAUAGAUCACUGACAGGAAAUGAAAGCUCAGGGGUUGAAAUUUGCAGAAAACUUUUUGGACUGAUAAUAUUUGAAUACAGCAAUGGCAAAGCUAAAGGAAAUCAUAUAAUUAAAGAUCGUAAAUUAAUUGUUCAGGGUGUUGUUGAAGGCUCACGGUCAUAUAAAUCUGGUAGAAUUCACAGAGGUGACAUGUUGAUAUGUAUCAAUGAUGAGGAGGUCUCUUGGUUCAAUUUUACUCACAUCUUGACUUCACUACACAAACGUAAUCAAGUAAAACUAACGUUUGAGUCACCAAAAAUUGUGGGCCCUAGAUCCAGCUUUCUCCAAGUUCCAGGGGACUUAUGCACGGCUGUUGUUGGCAAACAUUUGUCUGACAUUCUAGUUGAGUUAUCUUACCACAAAUGUGUGCUUAUGUAUCUUACACAGAUAGCAAAGGAAAAUGAAACAGAUGAAAAGGAAGACAUCCUUUAUUGUUUUCCCCACACUGAAGAUCAACUAUCAGCUCUGCGGGGACUUUUUGUCACUCUUAGCUCAGCUCUUGUUGAUGUUGUUGGCCAGCCUGCAGUAAGCACUCAGAUGAAGCUGUCCAAUGUGAGUGUCAAUGUGGCCUACAGACAGUGUGGCCCAGACGUUCUUGUAUGUGGCAUGCCAGAGAGCAGAAUAUCUGCUAGUGCAUUGACGGCCAUGUUGGAUUCCCUUCACUCUCUUCUGGUGCUGCUAUUUACUGAUGUUAAAGUUGCUUUUGUUGAGUGUGAUAGAAGAUGGCUGGACCAGCUAAUGGCUGUCAUGUUUGUACAGUCGAUGGGUCCAUACAGCAGCCAGACAACUCUCUUCUCCCAGCCAACGUUGGAUUAUUAUUAUGUCAAAUUCUUGCACCUGUCCCAUGAAAACCAGUUGUUGUGUGAUGAAAUUUUAAAUGAAUUUGAGUCUAUGGAUUUUGAUGAUUUUUUGGAUGAGAAAGACCUUUUUGCCAGAAGGCAAUUCACAAUAAGUGGUACCUGUCUGUUCUACAAGAAUUACUUGAUGUGCAGUCACCUAUGUCCUGGUGAACAAAAAAAUGUCAAUCUGUUUGUGAACCUUCAUGGCCUGUUGCUGGUGUCAAGACGACAUGAGGUCAGGGUUUGGCAUGAGAUGAAGUCCUAUAGCAGCCAGGAUGAUGCACAGUUUCCAACUGGCUACAGGCCUAGUCGCUCUAACACCCAACUUCUGCUUCUUGGCCUAGGCUAUAUCUACUUGGUGGCAUUGGUAGAGGUUGGAGGCUGCAGAACUCUGGCUCAUGCCACACCCCUUUUGCUGGAGCAGGGGAGAGCAACACUGGAACAGCUGGAGACAGAAGGCAUCUCAAGCUGCUGCCAGGAUGUGUUAAACAGUACAGCUGAUGGCAUCUUGUUAGCAUCACCUGAGGUUCUUUCUUCUGUCAGCCCAGGUAGGGGUAGAUCAUCUGCCAGAGGAAGUCAAACAGCCUCAACGUCAUCCAGAAAUGAAAGUGUCCUACGGUCCAAGUCAGUUGACAGACUAGAAAGUGACAACACGUUUGAUUUGUCAAACAUUAGACGCCAGGGCAGUAAAUUGUCGUAUGGCUCGAAUGAUUCAGCUGGUAGCGGUGGUAGUGCUGGACAUACUAAGAGCAGAGGAAGCAGAGUGAGUUCUGUGGUGGAUCUGGCUGGGCUUAGUCUGUCAGCUUUAAACAUCCAUUUCCCCCAGGAGGUUUAUAAAGGACACUGGCUGUGUCGGGGCGGCACAAACAAGGUAUUCAUGUAUGCUGCUGUAGGAGAAGGAAUUGUCCUAACUCCAACUGAAGCCGAGCUGACAGAGCUCCACUCACAGCUUCAGGAUCAAGUCUUGGACAACUUUUAUCUGGCCACCCUCAAAAUAAGAGCUUUAUUCAAAGAACAGAUGGUAGUCAAGAUUGAAAAGCCAUCACUGCUGCCAGCAUUAGACAAAGAUUAUAGAGAACAUGGGCUCUUAUUUCAGUGUAGAAGUCAUCAAAGUUUUGACAAGAGGCAUCAAACAUCAUUAGGAUACUGGGUGAUCGGCCGCUGUGACCCAACCCAGAAAGAAAUGUUUGUUUGUUUCCACGAAUCUACAAGUCAAUCCUUAGUUGAAAUGGCAUUUAGUCUUGGAUUUGGGACAUGAUAUCCAGUUUGUUGUCUACCCCUGUUGUUUUAUGGACUUGCCCAUCUAGUGCAAUUAGUUGUUAUGACAACCUCUUCUUGCCAGGUUUAGUUGCUAUGACAACCUGCUGUGGCCAGGUUUAGUUGCUAUGACAACCUGCUGUGGCCAGGAUUUUUACAAGCAUAUUUUUGCAUUGGCUAUGUUGGAAUGACUGGUUGAAUGUAUUUUUGGAAUACAAUAGUUGAAAAAGUUAGUUGAUUAAUGUUAUGAAGUCUGAGAAAGUGAGUUGACAAUAUGAAACACUGCUGUAUGUUGAAAAUGUUUGUACAUGAAUUACAUGACAUUCCCAACAGCUCUCAUUCUAACCAGACAAAUAUAUUUAUAUUGUAAUUCUAACCAUUCCAUCCAUGUAUUAUAUUAACAAGUGUAAAUACAUUUUUUAUUUAUGAAUAUUUUCUACAAUAAACUAGACAUGGCAGCCCAAUCUGAAAUGAUAAAUAUACAUUUGAGGUAUUUUGGAUUACAUAUUUCAGUUGCUAAUCAAUGUGGAUUAUGAAAAUGCUCGAGACAAUGUUUUGUAACAAAGAUUUCCUGUAAUAUCUUGACAGAAAAUGUACCUCAAACUAAUUUAAAAUAAACCGGGAGUGAUCUCCCCUAAACUUU